AUGAUUGAGUGCACAUUGAAACUAGGAACAAAAACAACACAUAAACGUGCACCCUACGAGAAGUACACAUCACACUCUGAAGAGAAGGCGGAAAGAACUCAGUUCACGCUGUCACAUCAAGAAGUGUUGCAUAACAAAUUGAAUUCUAUUAAACAGAAAGAUGACAAGACUGUUGAAGAGCGGUUCUCUGAGGCAAGAAAUCUGAAACGAGAUGGACGUGUUAAACAGAAUAAGAAAGAAGUUAACAUAAUUCCAGCCAUCAUUGCAUCCUUCCUGGGGUUUAUUUACCGCCGCUUGAGAGAGGAAGGCGAAGACGAGGAGGAGUGGGCAAGCGAAGCGGAAGGUGAAGGUCCUGCAGCUGCAAUUCGAGGCGGAGACGGUGGCUUCGAAGGAUCAGAUGUCACUAAUGUCAAAACGUCCCCACCACCAGGACAGGAAGGGGAAUCACUGCAUCCACAGCCCCCCAGACUUCGUCUUAAGGCGGGUCUUGCAACUGAUCCGGCGCUUAGGACUAUGAACCCCAGUGCCGUCCUUACCUCAGCAUUACCCCCCACCGCCCCCGGCUUGGAGUAUCUAGCUGCUCUGAACCCAGCCUUCCACUCAGCUCUUCCCUCGGGUCAGUUCUUCUGUUUGCCGUCAAUGCCACCAGAUGGGGCGACAACAGUGCCACUACCAAGACACAAACCCGAAGCUUUAGAAUCGAGACAAGUGCCAGUGUUCAUGUGCAACCCGUGUGGCAUCCGCUUCAGUUCACUGAGUACCUUGGAGGCGCACCAGACCUACUACUGUUCCCAUAGGACAGGGAGCGCCGCGGUAGCUGGCGGCACCAAACCGGCCUCGCAUAAAGGCCGGGGCGACAGUGACAGUGAGGAUGGCAGAUUGUCAUCAGGUGAAACUCCUAGGGGAGACGCUGAGGCAUCGGCCAAUGAGGGUGUACCAGAAGUGAAUGGCAUGCCAAACAAGACAGUGAGAACAGGCAAACAGUAUGCGUGUCCACACUGCUCCUACAGUGCUGACAAGAAGGUCAGUCUCAACCGUCACAUGCGGAUGCACUCUUCAUCUCCGGGUCCCAGUCCAACUUCCAGCUCGCUAUCAAAUGGGGGACCAGUGCCCACACCACCUGCAGAGGUCGCUGCAGCCCUGUUGAACUCUUCACAUCUGGUGGAUCGUUACUGCCAGGAUUGUGACAUCCGGUUUUCAUCAGUAAAGACUUUCAGAGCACACAAGCUGCACUACUGCAGCACCAGGCAUGUGGUCAAGUCUCAACCACCACCAUCGACGAAGAUGUCAUCAGAAUCAGCUCCAGCGUCACCACUAGAUGUCACAUCACGCACUUCACCAAGCUGUUCUCCUCCCAGCAGAGAGCACCGCAGCCCUCCACAGCCCUUCUUGGCACUGCCCACUAACCCUAUCCUGCUGGUGCCCUAUGCACUGUUUCAGGGGGCCAGUCUCCUAACUGGGGCAGCUGCUAUGGGACUCCCAGCCCCUGACACAGCAUGUCUUCUCCUCCCCAAUGGUACCCUACAGCCCAUGGCUCAAGCAGUGCACACACGCACCAGCAGUAAGGAGGUGGAGGUCACUCACACGACAGAGCAGGUUAAGGCAACGGUGCCAGCUCGAACAGGAACCAGCAGUCGAUCUGCACCUCGUAGUGAGACCACUGGAGAUAUAUCCACACCUCUGGAUCUAAGCAUGAGGCGUUCCUCAGAAGGCAGUGGGGUUGGAGACAUUGUAGUGGACCUGGACAGUGACCAGGACUCUCGAAGGACAUCACCUGCCCUACUUCCACCACCACCACCACCUCCUCCACCACCACCACUGCCACCGCCCCCACCUCCACAACUCAGUACAGCAGCGCAAGAUGAAGAAGUGGAAGUAGAUGAAGGUGAAGACAUUGUGUGUGCACCGUCCAUCCCCUCCCUCCUCCUUUCAGCUUCCUCAACAUGCUCCAGUCCUUCUCCACCACCAUCUACCUCUCCAGUUUUGUCCAUUUCUUCACAGUCCAACAUGAAGCGGGGACCAGGAUCUGGAUCAUCAGAACUUCCCGCCAAACGACCACGAACUGAGUCUGGAAGUAACAGUCCGAAAUCCCAGCAGGCUUCACCAAAGUCACCACGCAGAGGAACGCCAAAUGGUGUUAUUGUGAACAACAGCAAUGGAAAGAACAGUAGUCUGGAGUCAGCUACUGACAGCCAAAAGAAGGCACUGGCAGUGGCAAUUAGUCACCACUUGAGUCAGGUAGACUCUACCAGCAAUUUAUCCAACUUGCUACUUGCUGCUGUUGCUGCAUCAUCUGUGCAUCGAGAAGAUGGAGGUAAUGGGGCACCUGUCCUCAAAUCCCCAUCUGUAUCUCUCGCUUUCUCAGGGAAAGCCUCAAGCAAGAACGCAGUGCUAACUAAAACUCCACACAUUACCCCCAUAAUCCAACCUCCAUUAUUGCUACCAAACCCUCGGACUACAUCUGCAGACCUGCUCUCCCCAGCCAAUAUCCUACCACUUCUCACUUCUGAGAUGGCAUUGAGGAUGGCAACAGAAGCCGCUGCAGUUGUAGCUCCACCUCCACAGGUGCUUGUGAAGCAAGGGGUAUCAAAAUGUCGGGAGUGCAACAUAGUAUUUUGUAAGCAUGAGAACUACAUGGCUCACAAGAAGCACUAUUGCUCAGCAAGACUGGAGGGUGGUGGUGGUGGUGGUGGUGAUGGUGGCAGUGUUCCUAGUCCUCAGGGCGGAGUGCCCAGCUCUCCUUCAGGGAACACGUCCAACUCUGGGUCUCCACCCCACAGCAAGGACCAUGGCAGGUCAGCUAGUCCGACUAUAGGCAGCUCAUCAGGUCAGCAGCAGCAAAGUCCGGUAGGGCAGAAGCCUCCAACACUGCUUCAGUUUAUCUGUGCAGCCUGUGGCAUCAAGUUCACUUCAUAUGACAACUUGACUGCACACCAGGCGUAUUACUGCCCCAAAAGGACAGAACUGAUGGCCAAAACUGCAGCAGAGACAGUGUCUGACAAAACGCCUGUCUCUACUGCACGCAAGUGUGUAAAGUGUAAGGUAGCAGUGCCAGGAGAUCAGUUGGCAGCCCACCAGUGCUUUAGUGUUAGUGGUUCCAGUGGCUGGAAGUGCCCAUGCUGUGAUGUUGUGAGUCCAACAGCCAGUGCUGCUCAGAAGCACAUGGACUCUCACAGUGGUGUGAAGGCCUUCCGUUGCAUCAUCUGUCGCUACAAGGGUAACACUCUUCGAGGCAUGAGGACACAUAUCCGCAUGCACUUUGAAAAACGUUCCACAGACUUACAGGAGGAGAACUUCAUCUCCUGCAUCAUUGGUGAUGAGGAAGGGUUUGGUAGUCAGCAAGCGGUAAUUGUGCAGCCACCAGAAACUGCAGUCAUAGAACCACAGAUUGCAGAAGGAGGAGACAGUAGCCGUAUAGAGAAGUUACACUUUUGUGACUUAUGCAACUAUAGUUCCACAUACAAAGGCAAUGUGGUGCGGCAUCACAGGUUGGUUCACCUGCAUGUGAAGCCUGAGCUUGAGGGUUCUUCCUCCCCUACUGAUGUAAAGAUGGGGAGUCCCAGGAAUGUGUUUGAGGGAGAGGGGGCUGAACAGUGUGUGAAACAAGAGAUAGUGACAGUGAAAGAGGAGGCUGGAGCCAGAGUGUAUGUUGAGGACAGGGAAGAGGAGUAUGUUGAAGUUGAGGAAGAUGUCACAGUGGCACAACCCACAGUGAAGGCUGAACCUUUGAACAUGAUUUCUGAAGUGGAUGAAAUGGGAGGUGGCUCAGUUGAUGACAAGUCAGGACUUGAUACAUCUCAACAACAAGAUAGGGAUUCUGGUGGUAGAUUGUACUCUAGUGAUAUGGAAGCUCAGGACCAGGUUGAAGGUGACAUGCUGGAUGUACCCACAUCAGUAGUGAGUAACAGCAAAAAGACAGGACCUAAGUACUGCAAGUCAUGUGAUAUAUCAUUUAAUUACUUGUCUACCUUCAUUGCACAUAAGAAGUUCUAUUGCUCCAGCCAUGCUGGAGAGAGCACAACUGGGGGUGAGGGCGGACAGACUGCAGAGGCCUCGGUUCUUUAAGAUCUUUCAGUCGAGCAAAACUGAUAAUUGCUGAAGGUUUGCCUGGUGCAUAUAGCAGUCAGGGGUUCUCAGUUCUAGUCACAAAUUAAUAUAGAUUGUGAUAACAUAUUUUGUGCAUGAGUAAUUUAACACUUCAAUGUAUUGAUGUGGUAUUACAUUGCUAUGUGUUGGACUCGGUUUCCAGUUCACAUAACGCAUCGCUACUUGUUUGAUUUGUACAGAAUCAUCUGUAGGUUUGAAACAUGAAUGUCAGCAUGUAGGACAUGUUGUGGGUGAAAAAUGACUUAAGCUUCAACUCUUACAUAAAUAGAUAAAAUAAUAAUAACAGUAAUUCAGUUCAGAUUAAUUAUUUAUGUAUGUGCUGAGUUCAACUCAACCGCCAGAGCUCAAUUACAAAGGGCACCAGAAUAGAAAAGGACAAUAACAGAAGCAGAUACAGGGACAAAAAACAAAUAUGCAUAUACACGAAUAAGGAGAAAAACAAAUCAGUUAGAAAUACUUGUACUUAAACACGAAUUUCUAAAGUUGUGUAGAGCUACAAACUGCAUUGAUGGCAGAAGCACAUCUAGCUGAAAGACUGACUUGAGGAGCAACUGAACAUAAAAAAAAAUUCAUGCAUUUCAGAGGGGAAAAUAUUUGACUCAAAUAUGUUAGACAUAUAAUUUUCACUUCCUGCAUAUAAACUGUCACUGUUGACACCAAAGGGAAAGAGAGCCAUCAGAUUCUACAAUAAAAGCUGCCUCCAUUUGUCCCAACAUGACCAUUUGGGCUGUCACACUUAACAGUAUCUCUAAAGAAGGCUGGCACACCAACUACAGGGAUAUCAGAAGAUUCAAUUUGACAGGGGUUGAGAUGCCCAUAAAAUGGAGCAGUUAAGCAGUCAUGAAACCGUAUUUCCAUACUGCUAAUUAAGAUGAAGUAAUCCUCAUUGGUCAGUACAUGAAAUGAAGUUUAAAUUUUGAAUUUUGUCUUAUGCCUUGUGUGUGGGCUUGCAAAACGUUUCUAAUUCCUCCAGUAGAGAUGUUUUAAUAUCUGGUCAGAACAACAGAGGAGAAAUCUUUUUACAAUAAUGGGGAGAGACUAAUAGUUCCUUGCCCCAGUCAAAAGGCCGCGCCAUAGCUCAUGUGGUUAGUUGCUGGCUUCCCACCGCGGCGGCCAGGGUUCGAUCCCGAGUCUG